AUACUGUGUGGAAGGAAGAAAGUGAGCAGCCUGUCCAGUGUUUUCAACAGCUGCAACAGGGUAUAUUGGUAUUGCAACUCGUGCCGUUGGGUACAGAAGUUUAGCCAUGUUAAGGACCUGGUUCUUCCUGAGUGUGGUUUUGUAUUGUGUUCUCUCACAAGAGAUUGAAGAAACUAUAACUUUCACACAGUGCACAGAUGGCUAUGAAUUUGAUCCAGCGAGACAGCAAUGCCGGGACAUUAAUGAAUGUGCAAUUGUCACGGAUGCCUGCAAAGGUGGAAUGAAGUGCGUGAACCAUUAUGGUGGCUAUCUCUGCCUUCCCAAAACUGCCCACAUCACUAUUAACAAUGGAAAUGAACCCUCGCUGCCUGCUCAGACUGGGCCUAUUGUUCCCCCUGUCGUCCCCACGAGGCGCCCGCCUCCUCCCACCCGACGCCCUCCCCAAGUCGGGUUCAGACGCACGCACUGUAAUACUGGGUUUGCACCGGAUGAGCAGAAUUAUUGCAGAGAUGUAAAUGAAUGUGAGGUCAGUAAUCCAUGUCAACAUCAGUGUUAUAACUUGCUGGGUUCAUUCUUAUGCCAGUGUGAUCAAGGCUACAAGCUCAACAGAGACAGAGUCACUUGUCAAGAUAUUGAUGAGUGCAGUUUCUCCAACUACAUGUGCCAGUAUCAGUGUGUAAAUGAACCAGGGAAGUACUCCUGUGUCUGCCCUGAUGGAUACCAGCUGCAGGGUACAAGAAUGUGUCAAGAUAUAAAUGAAUGUGAAACCGGGACUGAUAAUUGCAGAGAAGAUGAGAUGUGCUGGAAUUACUAUGGCGGAUUCAGAUGUUAUCCUAGGAACCCCUGUCAGGAGCCUUACAUUCAGACAUCUGAAAAUCGCUGUGUCUGUCCAUCAGGCAAUCCAGUUUGCAGAGCCCUGUCACAUUCAAUUGUCUACAAAUACAUGAGCAUCCCUUCAGAUAGGUCUAUACCAGCUGACAUCUUCCAGAUUCAGGCAACCAACAUCUAUGCCAACACCAUCAACACCUUCCGGAUCAAAUCCGGAAACGAAGGAGGAGAGUUCUUCCUGAGGCAAUCCAGUAAUGUCAGUGCAAUGCUUGUCCUGACGAAUCCUGUAUCAGGACCUAGAGAGUACAUCGUAGACCUGGAGAUGAUUACAGUCAACACCGUAUUGAACUAUCGCUCAAGCUCCUUGUUAAGGCUGACAAUAAUAGUGGGACCUUAUCCUUUUUAGCCAGUCUGCACUCUAAGAACAUAAAAAGCACUUCUUUAUUUUAUUUUGCUUAAUUUUCUUAAGAGUCUGCCAAUAUAGCCAUUCAAUACAAUGAUUGCAAAAGAGAACAGUUGGUUUAAGGGCAAGUGGAAGGUUUGUCAUAAUAAAACACUAACACUUAUACUAGGCAAAGAGUUUGAACACCUGUCAGUUCAGUAAAUCUUAAAUUCAAGCACAUCCAUCUCAUCUUAACAAGGAGAUCAGACACUGAACUUAUCAACAGUUUGGCAAACCAGAUCAGAUACCAAGCUGCUAUUAGCGAAUAAAAUGUUAUAGACUGGUAACCGCAUUUAGUAGGCAGUGCUGUACAUGUUUAAUCCAGUAAUAACCUUUAAUGUAUAUAGACGGUAGAUUGUUCCUGGCAGCGAGGUUUUCCAAAAUGUGUUUUUUUGUUGAACUUGUUUCGCUGAUCUGUUAGUUUUGUCUUAACACUUUUUUUAUUUAGACCAAGUAAGGUCUUUUGAGAUGUAGAAACUCACAGUAUUUCAUAUGAACCCUACUAGCAUAUUUGGCUUGAGUCACUGGGAACUCUAUUCCUAAAACAUUACAGACUGUUUUCAGGAGUGUUUUAUUUAGGAGUAUUUUUUAAAAACAGUGCUUGAAAAAUUUGAAGAAACUUAAAAUAGGGUUUAAUAAAGGGUAUUGUUAAUUGGAUUUAAUAAUUCAUAAUCGUCUUUAACAAAACAUUCCUUAAAACACUUCCAUUGGUACUGAAGUACAGCGUGAAUGUGAGAAAGUUUCUCUAAGUGAAUGCCAACUGCAGCACUGUACCAUCACGCAAGAUUCUGUAUAAUGAACAAUUAUGCAACAUUUAAAAAAAGAAGGCUCAGUACAACUGCAAGUGCAUUGCUGUGCGUAUACAAUGACAGAUCAAUUAUAUAUAUAUAUAUAUAUAUACUAAAAAUAAAUUAGUGUGACGUGUAUAUUACUGUGUGAUGCACUGGGUUGGAAUCUUUAUCAGUCAAUCAGAGCACUUGAUUUUCCCAAACCAUUAACAGAAUUAAAUAUUCCUUGAAUCCCUGCUCUGCCCUAAGGAAAUGCUGCAUGAACAUUCUACAGCCACGCUGGCCUUGCAUUCUGUUCAAAGCUAAUGUGAUAGCACUUUGGAUUUACCCCAGCUAAUGGUCAAUAAACUAUAUUAAAAAAAAUAAUAAUAAAAAAAAAAAAAAAAAACAUAAACUCAUCAAGAGCAUUAGGAAGACAUCUCUCUCAUCAUGCAUUUGUCAAAUAGCAUCAGGACCAUUAAACGGUAAGGGAGCUAUCAUUAUCAAACAACUAACAUAAAGGUACCCUCACAAUUAAUAAUAUGGGGGACACACAUAAUAUUACAAUAUCUACAACAAUUCUGUUUCUAAUUUCAUAAACCUUUUUGGCAGGCCACAACUAAUCCAACCUACAUUUCCUCAUGCUAAGCAUGUCACAUCCCCAGUCCCUAAGGUAUCUGAGAAUACAGUAAAACCUGCCUUAGCGACCACCUCUGAAGAGAGACACCUGUCACAAGCGACUGCUUGCAUAGGCCAUGGAAUGUUUUUCCAUUAUAAUUUAACUGUGAAGAUUGACCACCUGUCAUCUGCAACCAGCGACCAUAUUUUCUUACUAACAUCCAUAAAAACGAACCUGUAGGAGAAACCAAUCUCCGCUUCUCUGUCCUUGUUUCUUUGAAGUUUCCAGCUAAAUAUUCUGCAUUAUAUGGCUUCAUACCCAACAUGAACCGGAACCGAAACUUGAAUUUGUGAACGUCGUGUUGAAGAUGUGAACGUGUUGAAAUAAAAGGUACUACUGUAAGUUACAGUUUAAAGCUUAAAGAAGUCAACGUGGAAGCAAAAAAUAAAAAAAGCAAACUGAAAGUGUUUCUUACCCUGGAGCAGUGUUAAAGAAAUAUCCCUAGAGUCGGAGAAACAGAAAUCCAAAACCUGUUCAAUGGAAGGCAGAAUUUCUUGCCGAUUAUAAGUCAAGGUACAUAGACUGAAACCAGACUAAUUUCUUUGAGAACAUUUUAGUCUUUUUGAUAAUGAUUGUAUAACUUCACAGUCUAAUUUGUGAUAUUAAGCGGGUCAUGACAUAACCCUAGUUUCACGUUUGCCUAUGACAGCACAUUACGAGUGCGAUAGAAUAUGAAAUAAAACUAAAGGUGAAUUAAAGAGCAGUCUUUUAAUACUGUAUAUUUUGUCGUUCUUUACAUUUAAACAGAUGCAUAUAGUUUACCUUUCCAAUUAUGAGUCAAGGUACUGUUGGCUGAAACCAGACUAAUUUCUUUGAGAACAUUUUGAUCUUUUUGAUUAUGAUUGUAUAAUUUCUCUUUUGGUUUCACAGUCAAGAAAAUAAGCACUUGCGUUAGAACUUAAUUUCCUCUUCUUUUGAUUAACAUAAAUGUUAGUAAACCCGGCAAGAGAUUUUAAAUAUAGUACAGACUAAAAAAAAUCAUUCUUUAUGGACUUUUAGAAUAUUUUAAGGACUUUUUUUUUAAAGUGUUUGCAAACAUUCUCUUAAGCGAUUACAUUUCCUCAGAACAUUCAUUACAAGUUUUGUGAAUAGGGCAAAUCUUUGAACAGCAGCUAUUAACUCCCCAGUCCCCCUCUGUCCAACCCCAACUUCAAAAUGUUUCCAGAGCCAACUUAUCCCAGGGUCGACACAUACAUAAAGCAGAGAUUUAAUGCCAUCCCAUUACAUAAUCGUAUAUUGAUUGCUGUGCUCUUUUUGUGUUUUGUUUUACAGUAAUAGCUUGGAGCUAUUUAUAACAAAUAAUAACUAUUUUUCUUUAUGAAAAGUACUAAAUGUUUGUGAAUCUACAGAUUGUCUUAUGAUAAAUAAGUGGCGUAUACAUUCCCUCAUAAUAUUUAAAACUUUUUUUUUCUUUUUUCUUGUCUGAUAUUGAAAACUUUCUACUCUGAUGUACAAAGUUAUUUCAUCGUUAAAUAAAAUGUAAAUCUUACUUGAAA